UGUUGAAUGUUGAUCGAUCCGAAAUUCAUUUGACGUUUGUUGUGAUCCGAAAUUCCGAAGAUUUUCGAUCACAACACAACACAAGCAGAUAUAGUAAUCAGAAAAAACUUUUUACUCAGCAAAAUCAGAAUAUUAAGAGCCGUAUAUUGUGUUUGAAGAAUUUGUCUAUUAACAGCUAAUCAAAAUGCCUAGAGGUAAAAAGAAGAAUAAGCAAGGUGCCAAGGGUGAUGCGGGUGAAAGUUCUGUAGCUGAAGGAGAGUCUAGUGCAACAGUGCAGGAACAACCACAAGAUGUCCCCAGUACAUCUCAAGUACAAGAUGUCCCCAGUACAUCCGAAGCAAAACCAACAACAGUCACAACCAAAGAUGAGUCUGGUGGCAAAAAAGAAAAGGAAACUCCGAAGGAACCUGAACCAAAAAAAGAAGAGAAGGAGGAGGAAGAUGUAGGACUGGGCUUAGGUUUAGGUGGUGGCGGUAAAAAACGACCACGUAAGAAGAAGUCGUUAGCAGCACAAGCUGCCGCCCAAGGUGCAGCACCAGCAGCCACACAAGCUGCACCCGUCCAAGCUGCACCCGCGCAAGGUGCACCCGUCCAAGCUGCACCCGUUCAAGCUGCACCCGCUGCUGCACAACCAACUCCUGCAGUAGCUCCAGCAAGGCAGCCAGAGUACCGCCCGUCAGAACCAAUUCCAGGUGCCGUACCAGGACCAACAUCACCACCAACUGAUGAUUUUCCACCACCAGGAAAAGGAAGAGGUAGAGGCUGGGGCGCUUCAAUGACAGCCUCAGCACAGCAAAGUCCACCAGUAGUUUUCAAUCCUCCAUCGCCAGCUCCGGUACAAUCUCCUCCACCAGGCUUCGUACAACGGUCAGCUACUGGGAGAGGCAGAGGUUCUUCCUAUGAACCGAAAAUAGCUGUAGUUGGUGCAGCCCCAGCCCCAACACCCAGACCCACUGCUGUAUGCCGGUAUCAAAUACCAGCUAAGGUACUCGGCGGCGUUGUCCCAGCUUAUAAAACAAGAGUUGUGUGCAACUAUUUGGAAAUGAAGAUUCAGCCUUUGAAAGUGUACCGAUUUGACGUCACGAUCACCCCUGAUCGACCGAAGAAACUAUUACCCAAAGUAUUUACUGUUGCAAAAGGGAUAAAAUUCCCGAAGCAAGUAAUAUCAUUUGAUCAAAGGAAGAAUUGCUAUUCUUUGAAUCCACUUUGGACUACCUCCGAUGAGCGGUGUACAGUACAUGUGGAAAUUUUGGAUGACAAUGAUGCAAAAAUGUCAUUUGAAGUUAGCUGGAAAAAAACUGGCGUUGUUGAUUUGGGGACAAUCAUCAACCACAUGAAAAAUCAUGGCACUUCUCUAAGCACACCCAUGGAGGCGAUUCAAUGCAUUGAUGUUAUAUUACAACAGGGAACUUUGGAAAGCUAUGUCAAAGCUGGCCGGCAAUUUUUCAAACGGCCAAGGAAUCCAAUUGAUUUGAGCGCCGGUUUGGAAAUGUGGACUGGCCUUUUCCAAUCGGCUAUCUUCACUUCGCGAGCAUUUAUUAAUAUUGAUGUGGCUCACAAGGGUUUCCCAAGACAGCAAAACUUGGUUGACGCGCUCGUUAACGACUUUAGGCUGAACCCAAAAAUGUCUUUAGAUGGACAAAGGGGCGUUGAGUUGUUCCAACAAUUUGUGAAGUCAUUAAGAGUUAAAGCAAACAUCGCUGGCGCGGGCACAAGACAACGCGAAUACAUUUGCAACGGAAUAGUGGAGCCACCCAUCAAGAUGAGAUUCCAGAUAUCUGAUGCCAAUGGGAAACCUGUGAAGGAGAUGACGGUCGCGCAAUACUUCGAGACUGAGAAGAGAUGCAGGAUUCGCUAUCCAGAGCUUAACUGCAUGUGGGUGGGUCCCAAAGACAAGAAUAUUUAUUAUCCAAUGGAAAUGUUGGAAAUCGUCUAUGGUCAGGCGUUAAAUAAACAACUGAACGAGAAACAACUGUCGACGAUGGUCCGUGAAGCAGCAACGCCACCUAGCGACCGCCUCGCCAAGAUCAAGGAGGUCAUUCGUGAUAUGAAAUAUUCUGAAAACCCGUGUUUCAAACACUUCAAACUGGAAAUUGACGAUAAAUUCUUCCAAGUGGAUGCGAAAAUAUUGGAAGCUCCUAAGAUAGACAUUGGAGGGGGGAGACCAGUUGAUCCAAGGCGAGGUGCAUGGCAAGCCAACCGCUUUCUACGAGCGAGUUCGUUGGAGUCUUGGGGUAUGGUCGCUGUGGACGUUGAUCCGAGGAACUGCGACUGUGGCAAUGUUAUACAAAUGGUAAUUCGUCUCGGCCGUCAAAUGGGCAUGUCAGUGAAUAAUCCAGCCUUCACCAAGUUCAACGUGACCCAACAUGAACUGAGGAGCGUACUGAUGACAGCACAAGAGAAUAGGCUCACCUUUAUGUUCAUCAUUAUCUCUGGUCGAGACAAGGAUGCUUACCAUAAGAUAAAACGCAAAGCGGAAUUGGAGGUUGGCAUGUUGACUCAAUGUAUAAGAGAGAUGACAGUCAGCAGGCGUAUGAACGACCAGACAGUUCGCAACAUUUUGUUGAAGGUGAACUCUAAACUGAUGGGCGUGAACCAGGCGCUGGACAACCGCAGUUUGCCGCAGUGCCUCAAGAGCGGCGGCGUCAUGGUUGUAGGCGCUGACGUCACUCACCCUUCGCCUGAUCAGAUGAGCGUUCCAAGUAUUGCCGCUGUGACAGCCUCUAUUGACGUGAAAUGUUUCGUGUACCACAUUGAGAUGAGCAUUCAAACACCUAAGAACGAAAUCAUAGUUGACUUUGAGAACAUGAUGUUCGAUCAGCUGAAAAUUUACAAGAGUCACCAUAAUGCGCUGCCUAAGAAGAUAUUCGUGUUCCGUGACGGAGUUUCUGAGGGUCAAUUCGCUCAGGUGAUGAACAGUGAGCUAGUGGCUGUUCACAAGGCGUACGCGCGGCACGACCCGUCGCGCAAGGUCGAGGUGUUGUUCCUGCUUGUACAGAAGCGACACCAUACGAGAUUCUUCAUGGGCGAGCAAAACCCACAAAACGUUGAGCCAGGCACCGUUGUUGACACUCACAUUGUGCAUCCUAAGGAAUUGGACUUUUACUUGGUGUCCCACCAGGCUAUAAAGGGAACAGCGCGACCCACUCGUUACCACGCCGUGUGCAACGACGGCAACAUCCCGUCCGACGAAGUAGAACAGCUGACAUACUAUCUGUGCCACCUGUACUCGCGCUGCACCCGCGCGGUGUCCUACCCCACGCCGACGUACUACGCGCAUCUGGCGUGCUUCCGCGCCAAGUCGCUCACUUAGUAAGUGUUCGUUGUGUAUAGAAGUAAGAACACUACACUACCCACGGCAACUGUGGCAACAUCCCGUCCGACGAAGUAGAGCAGCUGACAUACUAUCUGUGCCACCUGUACUCGCGCUGCACCCGCGCGGUGUCCUACCCCACGCCGACGUACUACGCGCAUCUGGCGUGCUUCCGCGCCAAGUCGCUCACUUAGUAAGUGUUCGUUGUGUAUAGAAGUAAGAACACUACACUACCCACGGCAACUGUGGCAACAUCCCGUCCGACGAAGUAGAGCAGCUGACAUACUAUCUGUGCCACCUGUACUCGCGCUGCACCCGCGCGGUGUCCUACCCCACGCCGACGUACUACGCGCAUCUGGCGUGCUUCCGCGCCAAGUCGCUCACUUAGUAAGUGUUCGUUGUGUAUAGAAGUAAGAACACUACACUACCCACGGCAACUGUGGCAACAUCCCGUCCGACGAAGUAGAGCAGCUGACAUACUAUCUGUGCCACCUGUACUCGCGCUGCACCCGCGCGGUGUCCUACCCCACGCCGACGUACUACGCGCAUCUGGCGUGCUUCCGCGCCAAGUCGCUCACUUAGUAAGUGUUCGUUGUGUAUAGAAGUAAGAACACUACACUACCCACGGCAACUGUGGCAACAUCCCGUCCGACGAAGUAGAGCAGCUGACAUACUAUCUGUGCCACCUGUACUCGCGCUGCACCCGCGCGGUGUCCUACCCCACGCCGACGUACUACGCGCAUCUGGCGUGCUUCCGCGCCAAGUCGCUCACUUAGUAAGUGUUCGUUGUGUAUAGAAGUAAGAACACUACACUACCCACGGCAACUGUGGCAACAUCCCGUCCGACGAAGUAGAGCAGCUGACAUACUAUCUGUGCCACCUGUACUCGCGCUGCACCCGCGCGGUGUCCUACCCCACGCCGACGUACUACGCGCAUCUGGCGUGCUUCCGCGCCAAGUCGCUCACUUACGGUGAUCGUUAUAACAACGCAGAUUUGGAGAAGAAACCGAUACGACUCCGCGUGAUGGACCGAAUGCUGCAAUUUAGCCGUAUGUUCUUUGUGUAAUUGAUUUUUCAAGCAAAAACUAAAAAAAUAAACGGUAAAAAUCAUGAUUUACUAAAUGUCUACUUAUCAUUCACUUGUUGUAAUUUAAAAACACCUACCAUUUAACAAUACUACAUAAAAAAAAAUUGUCUACAUGUUUUUUUUUUUAAAUUUUCUGUUUAUUCUGACUAGGCUUAUUCCAAACGCCCUUGUCUAGAGACUGGUGUAUCUAUAAAUUUAUGUAUUUAUUUUACCGGCACCUGUAUUCGAUUCCUAACUCUAUGGACACAACCUUUGUUUAGGAUUUAAAAACUACCAUAUAUUGUACCGUGUAUCAAAGAUAUUAAGUAAAUUCAAAUAUCUAAUCAAGUAGCUUUUAGGAAUGUGCUCAGUAAUAAAAAAUAAUCUCAUAAUAACAUUACUGUGACCAUUUUAUUUAAAAACAAACAAUCGCUGUGUUUUUAUGAAAAUACUAUAAACGUAAUUUUUUCUAUUUCUUGUUUUCUAAUUAUUUAUAAGUUGAUUUGAAAUGUGUUUCCGAUCUAUGUGUCUGGUUUACAAACUAUAAAAAAAAGAAAAAAAAUCGACAAAAAUACUAUUUAUUAUAUAAUUGAUGUGAUAAAAUAUAAUGUAGAUGGUAGUUUUAUAAAUGUUUUUAACAAUCAUAAUAAUAUUUUUUAAAAUCUAUUUGUAUUUUUAAUCUUAACUCCGAAAAAAAAAAUAUUGAUGUUAGUUUCAAAAUCAUAAAUGUUUAGAUAAUAAAUAUAAUAUCAUUAGAUGCAGUAUAUAAUCAACUUUUGCUUUCCCUACAUCAAUUUAGUAGUUUUAUCCUAAAUUCUCAAAAAAAUCAAUGUAUACUAUUGUAGAUGUUAUUGAGAAUAACGUUAAUGUUUAAAAAAAAUCAAAUUUCGUGUUACUAAAUGACAUUUCUGCAUGUUAAAUGAAUUGGCAAAAUUCACACCCCGGAUGGUCCGCGCGGGAAGGGGGGGUAGCGAUAAACCGCGCCCACGACUUCAUGCCCGCGCACUCCUUCCCCCGUCGCCCGCAUAUAAUGGAAGUGUCAUCAAUGAACUUGCCAAUAUAAUUAUAAUCAGUAUCAUCAUUUCUCACUGUAGGGGAUAUGCAUGUCUUUCGAAGAGCAUUCAUAAUUAUAAUAAUAUAUAAUUAUGAAUAAUAAUAAUAGCAUAGUUAAGGCCAGAUAUUUUUCUUUGUAUUAAAUUUUUGUAUGUAUUCAUACUCACAAGAAUAUUUUAUUAAUUUGCACACUAUAUAAGGAAUUUCAGAUAUUAAAAAGUAUGUAAAAUCCGGGGAAUUUAAUAAUAAUAAUGACACAUUCGCUAUUGGUCUAUUAAAAAAGUGACGUAAUUUUCCACGUCAAAGUUCAGCCAAUCAAUAGAAGUGUCUUUUGACAUUUGUGACGUCACAGCGCACGUUUGUAAAGCACGCUAAUAUGGCGGUGUUAUAAAUGCUUAAAAAUUACAUAAUAUAUUAUUUUGCAGAAAAAAAAUAAUAUUUUACAUUUAUCAUAGUUUUUUUAGUCAAAAAUUAAUUAGAAAUAUAAAUAAAAUACAUGCAUAUUCUCUAUUAAAUUUAUCAUAAAAUAUAUUUUUAAUAUUUAAUAUCUCUAAAUAUAAAUGAAAAACUGUAUUUAGGUGAUGACUGAUAUUUUUAGUUAUAGUAAUACAUAAGGCUUUACUUUUAAUUGCGUUUUGUUGACAUUUAGAAUUUUUCGAAUCAUUUUAUUUAUAUAGAAAUAAAAAUGUGAUGAAAUAUGUUAAAAUUUAUUGUUAAAUUCUUAUUCAACUUUAAAAUAUUUAUAUAUUUUGUACAUUUGGUAAAGUGAUAAAUAUGUCCGGCCAGAAUCAGGUAUAGUCGGAUGCAAUGUUUAUGACGUCUACGAAAUGAGCUGCGCAUGCCCUGCCGCCGCGCCCCUACGUAACCGGUGAUACUUAAAAUCUUUCAUUGCGCAGCUUAACGCACAAUGUUCCGAAACGUCAUAAAGAUUGCAUCCGACUUUAUCAGCCAUAAUUUUUUGAAAUAAAUAUUUGACCAAGUCGUAAUCACAUUGAAAUAAGCCCAAUCGAAGCUACCGGGCAAGUGCGAGUUGUACUCGCCCACGAAAGGGUUCCGUACCAGAAACGGAUUUUUUUUCAUUUUAUUUUAACGGUAUAUGUAUAGAACAUAUACUUAACUGGCUUGAAGUUACCGCCUCCUUUUAAAUAUUGUUUGUAGAUUGCUCUUAAAUGUUAACAAUUAAUUUAACUUUAAGUGAUCAUAGAAAUUAACUAUUCAUAUACUAUAUUUAUACUUGCACUCAGUGUUUACAAAGACACUAAUGAAAGAAUAUCAGUAGGUACGAUCUAAUAUAGUAAGUAUACAGGGUGCUCGGGAGUCUUUACCAUAACUUCAAGGUCAAAACGAGACCAUUAUAGGAACCGAACUUUAUAACUAAUAUUUUAUUAACUAUAAAAAGAAAAAAAAUUAUGUUUUCAUACAAAGUAAUUCAAAUAAUACCGACUAUCCAUGUUGCACACGCCUUUAGGUAACAAAUACCAGCGUUGCAUUUUAAAAUAUACCUAAAUACGUCAUUAUUAUAAGGAUGCGUAUAAGGGAUACAUUUUAAGAUCUUAAAAUGUAUCCAAAAGAAAUAUUAUUUUCUCCGAAAAUAUUCAUUUUAGAACACAUGUUCCUUGAACGUUUUGAAUUAAUUUUUGUUAGAGUUAUGGGAUAUACUCCCGAGCAUCCUGUAUAUACUUACUGUUUACUGAAUUGCCAAAUGACAUAAGACUUAACUUAAUCAUUUGAAAUUUUUUGAGUAAGUAAGUUAUAGCUUCUUCAUAAGGCUUGUUCUUUUAGUUUAUAGGAUUACCGUUUAUUUAAUAAAUGAGUUAAUAUAAUUGUUUCUUUGCCGGUUCGUACCAGGGAUUACCUGUGAUUACAAUAAUUGAUUUGCACGUAAAAUUAUGUCAUACAUAAAUAUGUUUUGUUACUUAUUUUAAGCUAAAUAGUUAGUUAUUCAAUCCGGAAAUACAGGUUUUCACGUUAUAAUAACUAUUUAGAUAUAAGUAUUUUUUCUUAAUAAAUGUGUGUAGUAAUA